CUCAGCGACAAAGAGAUGCGAUAUUUGAGAGAAAGGAGAGAACAGUGAAACAGUGAAGGAAAAGCGCAGGUAUUGAAGCGAUGAAGGAAAUCAAGCGUAAAGCCAUUUAAGCUGUUUGUUUUUAAUACAAACAAGCGCACUAACAAAGCGAGAAACGAACAGUAAAGACUCGUCUCCACUUCGGCGGAUUAAAACCCGGGAGAAGCAUGGAGAGGAAAAGGUGGGAGUGCUCGGCUCUCCCCAAGGGCUGGAAAAGGGAAGAAGUGACCAGAAAGUCGGGGUUGUCUGCGGGGAAAAGCGAUGUCUAUUAUUUUAGCCCCACUGGAAAGAAGUUCCGGAGCAAACCUCAGCUGGCCCGUUACCUGGGCAACUCUAUGGACCUGAGCUCCUUUGACUUUCGCACUGGGAAGAUGCUGAUGAGCAAACUGAACAAGAAUCGACAGAGACUUCGCUAUGACAACAACAAUCAGAACAAGGGAAAGCCAGACCUGAACACAUCACUACCAGUCCGACAGACUGCUUCUAUCUUCAAACAGCCUGUCACCAAGGUUACCAAUCACCCCAGCAAUAAAGUCAAGACAGACCCUCAGAAAGCCAUUGACCAGCCCAGACAGCUCUUCUGGGAGAAGAAGCUGAGUGGUCUGAAUGCUUUUGACAUUGCGGAGGAGCUGGUGAAGACCAUGGACCUGCCGAAGGGCCUGCAAGGAGUUGGUCCUGGAUGUACUGACAAGACGCUCUUGUCAGCCAUUGCGAGUGCCCUUCACACCAGCGCUGCCCCCAUCACUGGCCAGCUGUCUGCUGCUGUUGAAAAGAACCCAGGAGUCUGGCUCAACACCUCGCAGCCACUUUGCAAGGCCUUCAUAGUCACAGAUGAGGACAUCAGGAAGCAGGAGGAGCUGGUUUACAGCGUGCGAAAGAGACUGGAGGAGGCCCUGAUGGCUGACAUGUUGGCUCAUGUGGAGGAGGCGUCCAGUGAUGGGGACACGAAGGAGGAAGGGAAUGACAACGAUGAUAUGGAGGCAGUAUAGCAAAGGGCCUGGGGCACUGUAGAGCAGCCUGGAACAUGGGAGUCUCCACAGGACCCUGACCAGGACCCUUUUACUAACCCAACAAAAAAACUGCCUCCCCUGUCCUCUGUCCUGCAUUCUCCCUGGCGGACUCAGCCUCACCCCUCAGCCCUGCCCAGGCACAGCUUGAGAACUUCUGGCUUCACUGCUAGGAAAGACACUGGCUUACAAUCCUGAAUCAAAUUGAUUAGUUAAAAAAAAAAAAAGAGCAAUCUUUUUCCUAAAAAAAAAAUUACAUUUUAAGGUGUAAAGAAGUAGGAGAAAAGUUACAGUAAGUUUGCAAAUUCAUCAGUGUUUCCUUUUAAUUGUUUAAUUGUAUUUUAUACACAUCUACUUUUAUGGACUAUUAUGGAGGGUGUGACAGACAUGGGGGGCUUUUAGUUUUCUUAAACUCCAUCUCUAUUACAUGUAUCAAUUCCUAUACUUUGAUGCAAGGAAAAAAAGAGAAGUAUAAAUGAUAAAACUGCCAAGACAGUAUGGUAAUUUGAAGUAAGAGCUAUGCACACAAAGCCCCCCCCCCAGUCCAUCAGUUGCACAUCCUUGUUUCUCUUCAGGUUAACUAAGAGAUUGGAAACCCCUGGAGUAACCAUUAGACUGGAUUUGUGUGGUGCUUAAACUGAGAAGGGCUUUGAUGAUGUAUGAGAGGGAACAAGAUGGGUGUGGAGAUAUAUUGUGCCACUCAAUCUUUUAGCAAUCUUUUAAUCUUAAAUUAAUGGAGAUAGAUGGCUUUGUAAUAGCCUGGUACAAGUUCAAUCAUGUUGGAAAUGCCUGUUUUUUAUGACUAAUUUUACAAUUCCAUUACUCUGGUAUAUGCUCCAAUUCAGUGGUUUGCCUGGUAUUAUCCAAAGAAAAAGUCAAGUAAUUCUGGGAAGGAUUGUUUUGCAAUACCAGAAUGUUACAUAAAUUGUUCUUCAGUAUUGCUUUCACGUUCUCAGUUCCUGUCCAGCUCUCCUUAGCUGCUACGUAACCAUGCUGCACCAUUUAUUUCUGUAAUUAUUUCUGUGGUCCCUUGACAGUCAUUAUGGUAUGAUCGUAACAAGGUUAUGACUUUGCUGGAUUGCUUUACAGUAAUGAGCCGAUCAUAACUUAUUCAGAUGGGUAUGAAAUUACCCAAAUUGCGUAGGGCUACGCAGUGUUGUAUAACUUGUAACAGUUACUUUGUUCAUAGAAAGGUGCUACCUGGAGCUCAGUGUUUCCGGUUCAAUGAUAUUCCUUAAUAGAUCUGUCGAUGUCCUAAGUUCAGUAAACACUUGCUAAAAAUGAUCAUAAACUUUAUUAAUGUUAUUACCAGUGCUGCUUACACCACCAGAUCUAUAGUGCAGUAAGUGGUGCAAGGUGUUGAUGCCACAUACUUUAGUAUGUUUAAUGGUUUAUGUCAUAAUGAAAAUUUCAGAUGUUCCCACAGUGAAGUGACAACAUGCAGACACGCUUAACACAGAUUUAUCCACUAAAUUAGUGAAUCACAUAACUCCUCCUUUACCUUUGAUGAGAAUGACAUUGCAAGGGUGAGUUUAUUUUAACUGAAAUUCUGCACAGUUUCACGCAAAAACUUUAUCAUGUGAAGAUACUAACCUGAUACUUUGAAGGUCAACAGGUGAUAUCGAUGUCAUUUUGAUUUGAGUCCUUGCAAGAAGGAGUGUGCAGAAAGUUUACUUAAAUUGAAAGCCAUUGUUUCUGAAGUGUGCCUGCAAAUAAAUUCAACUAGGAGUGUAACUGCAGUCCAUCUGAUUUGAUAUCACUGUAGAAAAUGUAAAACAAGCAACAUGUUUGGUUCUUGUCCCACAUAAGCAGACCAAUUCGUAUUUUGUAAAAUUUAAAU